CUUCUCCCCUAAAUUAAGCUCUCAAGUUCAGCAAUCGUGUAAACAGCAGCAGCAAUGGAGGAAGUACAAGGUGAAAAGCAGUCCAGCAGGUUGGUGUUGGUGUUAUACCCAUUUCAAGGCCACAUAAACCCCAUGCUUCAGCUAGCCACAAUCUUGCAUGCAAAAGGCUACUCCAUCACCAUAAUUCACCCCGAGUUCAACUCUCCAAACCCUUCCAACCACCCUCACUUCACCUUCAUAUCGAUCCCCGAUCAGCUGGUCGAGUCCGGCGUCUCCCUCGCUCCUGGUGAUUUUAUUGACCGGGUUCUGGCUCUCAACAAGAACUGUACAGCACCGUUUCAGAAAUGCUUGGAACGAAUGUUGGACGACGACCAGAAGCAUCCACUUGAACGUAUUGCUGGUGUAGUAUAUGACUGUUUCAUGUACUUUGUUCAAGCUGUUGCCGAUGAUCUUGGUUUACCUGGUUUUAACAUGCGCCCCACUGCUGCAGCCAUUUUACUCUUCUCUGUCGUUCCUCACACCGAGCAAGAGUCUAUAUUUGAAAGCCAAAUAUCGGAGCUUCAACCCCUUGAGCUCAAACAAAUGCUUACAUCUUUCUCAAUGAAUCCAUCAGACAAUAUGAAAGAGAUGAGAGCUGCUUCGUUAAACGCCAUCAGGAGCUCAUCUGGUAUCAUUGCCAACACAAUGGAGUUCCUCGAACAUGCAGCUUUAUCAAUGAUCAGACAAUACUCGCCCGCACCGGUUUUCACACUCGGCCCUUUCCACAAACUAGCUCCAUCGUGUUCCACCUCGAUCCUGCAGGAAGAUGCUCACUGCAUUUCAUGGCUCGACAAGCAAGCCCCGAAAUCCGUCAUCUAUGUCAGCUUCGGAAGCAUGGCUAGCUUGAGCAAACAAGAAAUUGUUGAGAUUGCUUGGGGUUUAGCCAACAGCAAGCAGCCAUUUUUAUGGGUGAUUAGACCUGGUUUGGUUCAUGGUUCGGAAGGGACUGAGCUGAUACCCGAUGGUUUCCGACAGAAAGUCGGAGACCACCGAGGUUUCAUCGUGAAAUGGGCACCGCAACGGGAGGUGUUGGCGCAUGAUGCAGUGGGUGGAUUCUGGACUCACUGCGGAUGGAACUCGACGCUCGAGAGCUUAUCCGAAGGGGUGCCGAUGUUGUGCAAGCCUUGUUUUGGGGACCAGUUUCUUAACAUGAAGUAUAUAUGUUAUGCGUGGAAGAUAGGAAUUCAAGUGGAGAGUGAGUUGGAGAGGGGAAAGAUACAAGGAGCUAUAAAGACAUUAAUGGCGGACAUACAAGGAGAGGAGAUCAGAAACAAAGCUAUGGAGUUAAAGAGGAAAACGAUACUUUCUCUAACAGAGGGCGGCUCUUCAUUGAGCUCCUUAGAAGAGUUCACAAAGCAGAUGUUAUCGAUUUGA